AUGUCUACGGUAAAGGAAAAAAUUGCUUCUUUAGGGCCAGAUGAAAAGUUCUACUCGUUUGAGUUUUUCCCACCGAAGACCGAUGGAGGGUUCAGAAACUUGCUCGCCAGAUUGAACAGAAUGCUGAACUUGAACCCAUUAUUUGUCACUGUUACCUGGGGAGCUGGAGGUUCUACCAGUGAAAAAUCUCUAGAGUUGGCAUCAACGUGUCAAAAAUUGUUGGGAUUGACAACUGUUUUGCAUCUUACUUGCACGAAUACCAAUAAGGAAAUCAUCGAUAAUGCCUUGAAAUUGGCCAAACAGAGUGGGAUAAGAAACAUUUUGGCUCUUAGAGGGGAUCCACCAAGAACUCAAGAAUACUGGACUCCCAACUGCGACUUCAACUAUGCUGUUGACUUGAUUAAGUAUAUCAAGGAACAGUAUGGUGACUAUUUCUGUCUUGGUGUAGCGGCUUACCCAGAAGGUCAUGUCGAAGGAUCCGAUGCCUCCAAUCAAGAUCUUUCCAAAGAUUUACCAUACUUGGUUGAAAAGGUGGAGGCAGGUGCAGAUUUCAUCAUCACUCAGUUGUUUUUUGAUCUGGAUAAGUUCUUAGAGUUUGAAAGGUUAUUGCAGAGUUCACCAGUUUUGAGUAAAAUCCCAUUGAUCCCCGGUUUAAUGCCUAUAACGACGUACCAAGUCUUUUCAAGAGCUACCAAAUUAUCACAUGCAUCGAUCCCAGAUUCCAUCCACAAAAAGCUAUUGACAGCUAGCAUCAAGGAUGAUGAUCAUGUUAAGACUAUUGGGGUUAACAUUUUAACUGACAUAAUCGACAAGAUCAACAAGGGCACUAAUGGUAGAGUGAAAGGUUUCCAUUUCUACUGUUUGAAUUUGGAAAAGGCCGUUGCAUCGAUCGUCAAUGAAUCUGAUAGUCUAAAAGAUAUAGUUAACAAGAAGAGAGUUUUCGAUAACAGAACAAGCAACGAAGAUCCAUUUGAAGACGAUGAUGAUAGCGAUGAAGCAGAUGUCUCAGUCUUGGCUCCUCCUAACACUAAACAUCUUAAAACUAGAAGAAGAAGUUCAAUUAUAAACGAGAAUAGCGUAGCUGAUGCCAAUACUGUGAAAGUAUCAAAGGCACUCUACAACGACAAAAACACUUUGGUUGAUAUUAGUAAGGGUAAGGGGGUCUUGGGAAAAGAUGCCAGUUGGGAUGAUUUCCCUAACGGUAGAUUUGGUGACUCCAAUUCUCCUGCCUAUGGUGAAAUCGAUGGGUAUGGACCUAGUUUGAAAAUUUCAGGUUCAGAACAGGCUAAAGUGAAGUGGGGUGAACCUGAAUCCGUCAAAGAUAUUACCAAAAUAUUCGUAUCGUACUUAUCCGGUAAAAUUGAAUUACUCCCAUGGGUCGACGCCCCAUUGUCAGCAGAGACUGCAUUGAUUCAAGAGGAGUUAUUUGAAUUAAAUCAUAAAGGUUGGUUCUCCUUAGCUUCUCAACCAGCUGUCGAUGGAUGUCUUUCUACUGACAAGAUAUUUGGAUGGGGCCCUAAAUCUGGAUUAAUAUAUCAAAAGUCAUUUGUAGAACUUUUCGUACCUAAAAAGGAGUGGAACGAAAACUUAAAACCAAAAUUACAAUCCUACUUCGAUGAUUUGGUGAUAACGUAUUACUUAGGUAACUCAUCCAACGAAAUUGAAUCCAACAUUAAUAUUAAAUCUGAAAGAAGCGGCCACACUACGAAAAAUGCAGUCACUUGGGGUGUUUUCCCAUCCAGAGAAGUAUUGCAACCUACAUUAAUUGACAUUGAUUCAUUCAAAGCUUGGAAUGAAGAAGCAUUCGUCUUGUGGAAAGAAUGGGCAAGAUGUUACAAGAAGGAUUCUAAAUCGUUCCAAUUAUUAAAUUCCAUUUAUGAUGACUACUACUUGGUUAGUUUGAUCCACCAUGAUUUCAAAGAUGAGUAUGCAUUAUGGAAUUCAUUAUUAGGUAAAUGA